UCUCGGUAGCUCUCCGAGCCCCGGCUCCCCCUACCCCCCUCCCCACCCCAGUAUCGGGGAGGGAAGCGGCCCCUUCCUGAGAGGUUAAUCUCCGGAGAAGUGCGAAGGAGCUACAGAAAAGCGAAUUUUAAACAUGUAGAAGUCACUGGGCUGCAUUCCUCGGAGGACAGCCCAAUCCCCCUAGGACUGAGUGUCAGCGCAUAGGAAGUUGGGACCUUAGAGCGAAGGGGGAGGGGAGUGGCGCAACCCCGCAUCCUCUUCGGAAGGAGUCUCUGCAAGCCCUGCGGUUGGACACAAGUUUGCGUAAGAGUGUUUUCCUUUUGUCAAUUAUUAAUCACCGGAAUCAGUUUGGCAGAACUGGAGUUUUAGCAGUAGUGCAGAGGGCGGGGCCCGAACACCUAACUCUUGGGGCCUCCCCUGCUCCCGGCGCAGUGGCAAGCUAACAGCAGCUGGGGAGAAGCCAGAGCAUCCAAGCUCACCCAAAGGCAGGAGAUGAAGAGAUAAAGGCCAGAGAAGAGAAGCCACCUCCACCAGAUCUCGCAGAAGAGAAACACAACGGCACUCCAGCCUGGACCCCUGCUCAGGAAGACUUUCCACAGCUUGAGGAGGAAUCAUGGAUUUCAAGAGCGUGAAGGAGUAUUUAGCCUGGCUCUACUAUCAAUACCAAAUCAUCAGCUGCUGUGCCGUCCUGGAGCCCUGGGAACAGUCUAUGUUCAAUACCAUCUUACUAACCAUUGUCGCCAUGGUAGUCUACACUGCCUAUGUCUUCAUCCCCAUCCACAUCCGCCUGGCUUGGGAAUUUUUCUCCAAAAUAUGCGGAUAUCACAGUUCAAUUUCUAAUUGAUCUCUCCGGAAUCUUGCGAAACAGCAUGAUGGGUUCCCGUUGCUUACAACUCGUCGACCUAGGGGACUGCGGCAUCUUUCACCUCUGACCUGACCAGCGCCCUCUCUAUGCACCCGCGUCCUGCCUGGAGUCUGAGCUAGGUGUCCUCCAAGUCGCUUUGGCCCAUGCAGCAUGGUGUGUGUCCGAUGAUAGGAAACGCAAUGACUUCACCCCGUACCCCACAUGCGCUCGACUCAACUCCGUGGCGUUAGAUUUCUGUUGGAGAUCAGGACGCUUUCAAAUAAAACUUUCCCGGGAAAUAGGCUUGUAAGAAACCCGACAGAGUCGUAUUUAAAAUCCUCUCUUCAUAUCAUUCUAUAUAAGGGAUGCGUUACAGAAAGUAUUUCCUAGGCUACUGUCAAAAGUACCUGCUCUUGUUUACAAUCUAUUAAAAGAUGUGAAUAAAAAAAAAAAAAACCCAAACCUUUAAAGUCUUAUUUUCUGGUAAAUAGCCGAUACCUAAAAUUAUUUUUUUCUUCUUUUUAAAAUUUUCAUUAUAUUUGUUUUGCCUAAAAUUCUUUUACUUCAAAUGCAAAAGAAUAGGCCAGAGACAGUUAUUUUCUUUUAGAUAUGGUUCAGGCAUUGUUUCAAAUGCCUCUGAAAUCUGACUUUAUCAUAGCUUUAAAUGAACCAUGAUAUUAACUAAACAAGUAAAUAUUGUACUAGAGAACAGCUUAAGUUUAAAAAAAUAAAUAUAACCAAAGCCAAUUCAGAUAUUGUGACUUUUGACCAUGCCCUGUCUUGCAUGAUGCUGGAGGCGAGAGGAGAGAAAGGGUUGUUUUCCUGCGCCUUCACUGAGUGAAAGGAAAAUUGCAUGUCCUGGGCUACAGGAAGAAGCUAAUAAAUAGGCUGGAAGUAAUAGUCUACCAGCAGGAAGUCGACAGCUCCAGUUAAACCCUUUGAUAUAGUGGCUCCAUUGCACAGCAGAAGCAAGAUUUAUUAAAUUUCUCCCAAAAUGUUUAUCUUCAAAACAAAUGUAAGAUUUUAAUUAUAGUGCUGAAACAAACAUGAAAGUCAAAGACCGAGCCUUGCAGCUUUUCUUUCCUCCCGAUAAAUAUCAAUAGUAUUCUGGAGGGUAAAAAAAAUAACCAGGUUUUGGACAACACUGGCACCUUUGUUUUCGAGGGGAAAUAUUCCAAGGGGAGCUAAGGAGAAAGAUAUUUGGCAUGCAAAAUCAACUUGCACGUCUGUUUAAAAAUAAACAAAGCAUACUUUUUGAAGAGUGACCAGAUAUGAAUAUGCGCUUGUUGAUUUUUCCAAAGUAAAGUUUACUUUGAUAAAUAAAUGCACAGUUUGGUCUCUUUUUCCCUUUCUUCACCGUACGCUAUAGUGCACUCUCCAAAUAACCUCUACUGACUUUACCCAGAUACUGAUCUCAAUGGUAGAAUAAAGCUAUCCUUGGCCAACCAGCUGGUUACUUUCCCUAUUGCCGUGACAGAACUCCAGAAGGAGCAGCUUCAAGAGGAAGGGUCUUCAGGAUCACUGUUGGAGGCACAGCACAUGGCGGGGGAGCAGGCAUAGCCACAGGAACAUGAGGCAGCUGGUCACACUGCAGCCACAGUCAGAAGACAGAGAGCAAUGAGCGCAGGUGCACAGUCUGUUCUCUCCUUUUAAUUCAAUCCAAGACCUUAGUCCGAGAUAUGGUGUUGCCCAUUUCAAGGUGGAGCUUUCAAAUUUGGUUCAGCCUUUCUAGAAACAUCCUCAGAGACACACCAGGAAUGUUUCCAUGGUGAUUCUAAAUCAAAUCGGGUUGACAAUGAAGAUUAGCCCUCAUCUUAAUGAACUUCUCAAUGCUUGACGUGCCUUUUACAGGUUGCAUGACUUCAGCUGCAUGCUGAAGUCGGUAGCUAGGUCUCCCAGUUGCAGGAAAGGAGCCUGGAGCUUAGAAAAUGCAAAUGUCUUGUUUGAAGGCAGUUGGGUACCAGCAGCACAGCAAGGUGAGGACCACAAGGAAGGCCAUGGGAGAAUGGCGUGAGCUAUGGGCAUCGCUGACAAGUUAGAAAGCAAACGACCAUCAUGUGACAAAGGCAAGAGCAUGGAUAGACAGCCAUGUCUGGAGUCCUAGCCACUGUCUUUGCUAUUGUACUUGGGGGACCUGUUCGCCCAGCUCUCUUGCCAGCUUAGAGAGAGAUCGCUUUUACUUUUAGUUAACAGUUGAAGGAUGAACUUGAAUGCAUUCCCAGUUCGCAGUGAUUCAGCACCCUUCUGUAGGUGGCUUCCUGCUGAGUACUUGUAGAGUUCAGUCACAAAGAUACCGCUUUGACCUUCAAUGCUACCUUCUAAAAAUAAGAGUUAAAGUAAACGCCAAUAGAGAGAGGAGAAGUUAAUAAAGGAUUAUUACAGAAUGCCAGCCUGGGAUAUCACUUCAAAGCAAUCAUUGUCUCUGAAUAAUCACAAGUAGUCAAUACAGGGUACAAAAAGCAUACUCAUACAGAUUUUUUGUUUAUUUGUUUGUUUUAAAGCUACGGAAUAUGGCGGGAAAGAAAGCCACAUCUGCCUGCCUGCUGCUGCUCUAGGCUUGGCAGAGCUUUUUUUUUUUUUUUUUUUUGAAGAGAGACCAGAUAUGAAUAUACGCUUGUUGAUUUUUCCA